AUGAGAGUAAUUAUUAUUCUACUUAUUGAAUUGCUAGUAAAUGUGUUUGGCUAAAUAAAUAAAUCAGUUGAUUGCAAUAGAUAUUUUAAGAAAUUUGGUAUAGAGGAAGCAACUCUUUUUUUUAAGGGAAAUGUGGAUGUUAUUUAAUAAUCCAAUUAAGUUUAGAUUAAUUUGCAAUACUUUGAUGAUUCCUUUGAUGAUCCAAAAUAUUUUGGCUUAGUUGAAGAAGAUGGAAAAUAGUUAGAAACAGUUUGCCUUAGACUGAAAAUCUUCUAAUUCACUAAUCAAUAUCAUAAUUCUUCAAUUUAAAUAAAAGAUUUAAAAUUAGAGUCAUAAAGUAAUCCAGAAAGUAAAGAUAGAUAUUAUUCAUUUUUAAUAUAAGAAUCGUAAUUAGAUUCAAGAUUAAUUUCUUACAAUGAAACUACUUAUUAAGGAUUUUAUUCUUUCAUUUUUGAGUCAAUAGAUGAACAAUAAAAAAUAUAUGAAUAUGUUUUUGAUUUCAAUAUCACUUUAAAUAAAACAUCAGAUAAAUCAAACAAUUCAAAAUAAAUUAGAUUUUUAUUAACAAAAGAAUCAAGCAAUACUGAAACUUAAAGUUAAUUAUUUUGGUGCUCAAAUAUCAUUUGUUCAACUAUUUUGGAUAAAACUCCAAUUAUUCGUUUAGGUGAUACCUUAACUAUAAAAUAAGUUGUUACAACAUCUAAUAUGAAUAAUACAAAAUUAAUUAAAACUGAAGCUUGGAUGGAAAAUAAGGAAAUCAAUAAAACUAUCAAUAUUUUACGAGUGAAUAAUACAAUUCCUGGAUAAGUCAUAAUUGAAUUCAAAGCUGAAAUUGUUUCUUCAUAAAUAAAGAUUAUGAUUGUUUCUUAUUUAGAAGGAUAAACACAUCCUAAUAAUUAAAUAAUAAAUACUAUAGACACAAUUAUUAGGCCUUUAAAUUAAUUAGAUUCAUCUUAAAAUGAGACUAUCCUAAAAUGGUGUACUAAUUUAGAUUGCUCAUAAUAUCUUAACGCUGCUCCAUAGCUUUAUUUAAAUGAUUUAUAUGUAUUAUAGUUGAUUGUCAAGUCUUCAAAAAGUUACUAUUUAAAUGCACCGAAUGUAUUUUAUUCUGGUAAUGGAUUAAAUUCUUAAGCACAGCCAAUUUCUGUCAAUAACUAAAAUCCAGGCUAAGUAAUUAUUUAAUUAAAGGCUGAUAUUAUAUGGAAGUAAUUUACUAUUAGAGUUGAUUCUUUUCUUUCAACUGAAUAAAAUUCUGUUGCACCAUAAGAUGAUGUGGUCAGUUAAAAGACUGAAAUAAUUGAAUGUAUCAAACCCAUGGUUUAAGAAACUUGUGCAAGUUGUGAAUAAGAAUGUGAAAAUAAUGGAUUUGCUCAUGAAAGUUGUGGAGAAUGUUCAUUUUCCUUAUCCACCUAGGCAUUAACUUUAUUCUUAUUAUCUAUUUGGUUCCAUUUUUGAUAGAGUUAUUUGUGUAUUCAUUUAUUAUAUAUUUUGUG